AUGGCGAACUCGAAAGAGAACACUCCCACCGGGAGCCCGUCUCCCUCAGAAGAAAACUUAAGCGACAGUCUACCAGGCACGAUAGACAAGUCGCUACCCGCUGAAGGUAGGGACAAGCCUGUCCCUACAAGAAACCCAUCUUUCUCGCCACAGAGAUCCGUCUCGCCGCGAAGAUCGACUUCGCCGCAACGAUCUCCUCCGCCAAGAAAGGACGAGAGCCCUCCUCCGUCCGCACCACGCCGCUCGAGAAAAUCUUCCUCGAGCGACAAACCCCGCAGCUCGAAGAAAUCCUCCUCGAGCGAGAAGAUCCUCAAACUCAUGGAGAAUCUCGUCAAGCCACUCGCCGACGGUUUCGAGUCAAUGCGAGCACAGCAGAAAAAGACUCAGGAACAGGUGGAAGCCCUAGCACGAGAAGACGAUGAAAAUCCGUCAAGUCCCACCGACGGAACAACCCCCCGUCCUGCGCACUUCAGGCGACUUACCACUCAAGAGCUUGAACGGGUGAAUCGCCGCCUCGACGAGGUCGAUUCGAAAGUUCAUCGCGCCACCAGCUCAGCUCCGGAAUUGACGAAAGCACUCGCCGACACCCGAAGAAGCCCGCUCACCCGCAGGCUCCGCCAGAUUGAGCUACACGAAAGAGUUCGACUCAAAAUCGACUCUUACACCGGCGAAGAAGACCCCAAGAAGUGGCUAACCGCGUUCAACCUCGCCAUGAGGAGGGAGAAAUACAAAUCUUACGAUGAAAGGGAGGCCAACUACUGUCAAGUAUUCGUCGAGCACAUGGCGAAAGAUGCCUUGACCUGGUUCUCUAACCUCCCCGCCGAGUCGAUCGAUAACUUCGACGACCUAACCAAUGCUUUUCUGAAGCAUUACUCCAUGCACAUGACCCGAAUCACUCGGAACAUGUUCACCACAACGCAAACCCAAGGCGAACCAUUGCGCAGCUUUAUGGAAAGGUUCAAACAAGCAGCUCGCGACACUGGCGACAUGCCCGAUAGCGUCCCGCUGGAAGCACUCCGCAACGGCCUCUGGUACGACUCCAAGUUCAAGGAGGAUUUGUCACUAAAACCCCCUGCGACUCUGGAGGACGCGUUCCACCGCUCUCGGAACUACAUCUUCCUCGAGGAAGACCAGCGCUUCUACGCCGAGAAACAUGGAGAUAGGAGGGCAACCUCGACGAAACCCAGAGAGGAACCCAUGGAGGCGCGAAGAAGACACGAUCCAAAGAGGUCUCUCCUCACAGCGUUCGCAGCAGCCGACGACGAGUUCGAGCAAGAACACGCAGCGGCCGUUUCGAUGCCACAAGACAUCAACUCGCUCGGAGAUGACAACGAUACCAAAGCUUUCUGCAAGUUCCACGGGAGGACUGGCCACGCCACUGAAAACUGCAAACACCUAAUGAGCAACCUCAUGCGCAUGUACCAUCGAGGAGAAAUCCCGCCAAUGGACGGUGAUAGAAAAGGCGGAAGCCCGCUUGGGAAAAGGAAUCGUGAUGACCACGACGACCUACCUCCGCCACCGAAGCGACAAGUCAGCAUGAUCAUGGGAGGCUUCCUGGAUAACGACGAUUCCAUAUCGGCGAUCAAGGAAUACGAACGAAAGGCCGUCGCGGCACAACGCUACCCGUAUAUCCAUAAAGGGAUCCCUACCAUCUCCUUCACGGAUAAGGAUGCGAGCGGGCUGGACAUCCCUCACCUUGACCCACUCGUAAUCACUCUACAGAUCCACGAUUGUGACGUCGCGAAGGUCCUGGUUGAUACCGGGAGUACGGUGAACCUCAUCUUUCUGGAAACACUGAACCGCAUGGGGUGGAGGAAGGAUCUAUCAAACCUACAUCCCGUCCCCUCACCGGUUUCACCGCCGAGCAUGUUUACAGCUGUGGCACAGUCCGGCUCCCCGUUUAUGUCGGCGGAAUUUCAAAGCUCUUGA